CAAGAGACAGCCUCCCCUCCUCCCCUCCUCCCUCAUACACCACUACUCUUCUUGCCAAUGUCUAGCAAAAGAUCAAGUGCCCGAGCAAAUGAAAAUAAUGAAGAUUUUAGCCUCAAACUUGAGGAGUUGUUGUCGACUAACAAGAAGAAGAAGAGAAAUGCAAGUAAGCUUCUGGACAAGACAUGCAGUCAUAUUAAGAGGCUUAAUGGAGAGGUUGAUGAUUUAAGCAAUCGAAUAUCGGAGUUAAUGGCUUCUCCAGACACCAAUAAGAGCAUUAAUGCAAACAUCCUUACACAACUUCUCCAACAAUAAUCUCUGCAAAUUUUGCUCUUACAGAAAAAUAUAUAUACACACAUAUAUGUUUCAGCUCAUUGUCAGAUACAUAUUUAUGCCAGUCUUUGUCUUUGGGUUGUUCCUUGUUGUUUCCAUCCAACGGCACAACAAGCAAAAGACUUACAUGGUUUUCUCUUUUUGGGUUCUUUUUUCUUG